AUGGCGGCACCCAGUGUGGAGAAAAGAAUCCUCACCAACCAGCAUCUGUUAAGGGUUAAAAUCAGAGAAAAUGGCUCUGAAAAGAGCUACAGGCUCUGGAGGAUAAAGAAUAGCAUGAAACCAUUUGGGUUUUCAUGUUUCCUUAAUAUUGAUCUAAAUUUAAUUUUUUUGAACACUAACAUCAUUUUAGCAAGAAGUUGUUUGUAUUUUAUUACAUAUAAAAUCUUAUUUCUUUUUUGUGCUUACAGGGAAAAGAAACUUGCAAAGAAAUACUACGAUAAAUUGUUUAAGGAAUACUGCAUAGCAGAUCUGAGCAAAUACAAGGAGAACAAGUUUGGUUUUCGUUGGCGAGUGGAAAAGGAAUUGGUCUCUGGAAAAGGCCAGUUUUCCUGUGGGAACAAGCGAUGUGACGAAAAGGAAGGGCUGAAGAGUUGGGAAGUAAACUUUGGCUACGUUGAACAUGGGGAAAAGAAAAAUGCUCUUGUAAAAUUAAGGCUCUGUCCUGAAUGUUCGUACAAACUGAACUUUCACCACAGAAGACGAGAAGUCGAGCCAAAGAGCCUUAAAAGGAAAACUCAAGAAGAGUAUGGUGAACCCUCAAGGAAAAAGUCUAAAAAAUCCCGUUCUCCAAAGAAGACAAAAGGUGUGUCUCCAGAUAAACACAAGGACUCAAGUGAAAAAGCUUCUGCUCACAACCCUGCAUUAAACACAUCAGAAAGGACUGUGAGCAGAAGAACAGAGAGGAAAUGCCUGAGACUGCAGUUAGAUCAAUCUAGUGUCUGA